AUGAAUGGUCGUGAUCGCUCGCGGGGCCCGCAUCCCGGCGAGAUCCCCCCUCAAAGGGAUCCGCGUCGAGUCGGUGAAGGUCGCAAUGGAGGUCAUACUGGGCAUGGUGAGGCUACAAUGUCGAGGGCUGAGAAAUUCGAAGAUGAGAAGAGACGGAUCAUCCAAAGCUGCUUCACAAGGAAAGAUGGCGAUGGCACGUUGGCUGAAUCCUACAUAACACAUGUUCGCAUCACGGAAGAUGCUGCGUAUCCGUCUUCACCCCCUCCGCCCAAUUCCCCGCCCGACAACAAAAAGCCUCGAGCAAUAAUUGUUGCUGUGAGAAAGUCAGACGACCUGUCUGCGAUACAAUCGUUCAAUGCUUGGGUACCAUCGUCUCCAUUGGAACAACAGCAAAAACAAUGGGCCUCAAAUGUUGGCUUUGUGGUGACAAUUGGGAAGCCCUAUUACUGGCAGGCCAGGACAUCUAAGGAGAAGGAGUUCUUUAUCGGUAGUUUGGUGAAAAUCUACAAAAAAUAUACCGCGGGGAAGAUACCGGAGCUAAUAGGCUUCGAUGAUCUCGAGCGACAAUUUCUUGUGGGCAUGCCCCCUCCAGGCCCUAAACACCCUGGCCAAGGACCCCCGCGACCUGAUGUGGCACUUCCUCCUCCAGGCCCACCAUAUUCAGCCCAUGGUAGCCGGCCUCAGUCUCCUUACUCGAGUCGUGCACCUAGCCGGGAUGGGCCUCGUCGGCUACCCUCUGAAGAGCAAUCCCUAAGAGCCCAACGAAGUCGGGAUCAGAUGGCACCCCCGCCAGUUCCCCCUGACCAGCGAGACCAGCCACCUCCCCGCUCAACUGAGCGCCUUGCAUCUGAAAACCGUAUGCACAAGUCACCUGUAUCUCCCGAAUCGAGGGGCUUGGACAUUCCUACCAGUUUACUGGCCGCUUCGGCUUCGAAUCAGCGGGAUCGACCCAGUGGAGAGUCUGAACGUAACCUAGUUACACGCCCUGAGGUCCAGCCACCGCCAUUACGCGAUGGGAAAGGUGUGCCAGAGCCAAAGCCUCGCACUGAGGAUUUGGCUUUCAGCUCGCCUAAGCACAACAAAGACGGCAACCCGGGGCCUAACCCAGCUUUCAAUGAAGGCAGUAUCAAGAAAUCCAGCCCCGAGGCUCCCACGGAGUCUUACGACAAUAUCGCUCCCGAACACACUCCCGAUACGCAACCUGUCGAGAUACCACCUGCGUUGAAGCUGGCCACGUCAAACGCUGCCAACGCUCAGACGACCACCGAUGUUACCGAAACAACAGCACCUGUAAGCAAGACGGAAUCGCAACCCAGCGAAUUGGUCCAAGAGGGCGGGCCGAUCUCUCCGCCAGCCAGUCCCCCUGAGGUACCCACAUCACCUGUUGAAAACGAGGCGGAUGCACAUCGCCCCGGCCUGGGGCCUAUGAUCAAGAAAAAGCAGAGCAAGGAAGCUGUCGGGGCAUUUCGCAAAGCCGCUACCACUUACGGCGCUUUCAAGCCGAGGCCUGGUGGUGCUGGUGAGAGACUAUUAGCAGCCGCAAGGAAACAAAAAGCUGAGGAAAACAAUGGGCCCGAUGGAAUCACUGGAGUGGUGCCCGCGCCCUCACUUCGUACAGCCAUUGAACCUGUGGUAUCCCCCGAAACACCGGAUAAAGAGAUACCAGCCCUUCCAUCUCCAGCGAAGGAAGUGCCCUCUCCAGCCAAGUCUCCUAUACUGGAGCCACCAACAGUUGAAGUAACUCAGGCUGCCGCUGAAGAAACUACUGUUACGUCGGUGGAGACUCAGGAGGAACCGAGAGACACUUCGAGAGCUACCGUGAAAGUCGUUACGGACGAUCGAGCGAGGUCUGUGUCUCCAUCUCCUGAUGGUCGACGCCGCAGACGCCACGAAGACAAUACCAUCAAAUACUGCCAGGCGCUUGGGAUCGAUCCCAGCAGUAUAAGUGGACGUGGUGCAGACUUUGACGACAUAUUGACUGAUCUUGGGUGGAAUGGACGCUUGAAUGAUGAGAAGAAAAUCGAAGAUCUUGAGGCGGAUAUCCGCCGUGAGAUCGGUCGUGUUGAGGCUACCAGCUGGCUAGGUAAUCUUGAGCAGCAAGAAGGAAAGAUCGACCAGCUUGCCAAGUUGAUUGAUAAGACUAUCGAAGAGUGUGAAGAGCUGGAUAAUCUUCUAACUCUGUACUCGCAUGAACUCAAUACCCUUCAUGAUGAUGUAUCAUAUAUAGAAACGCAGUCUCAAGGUCUGCAAGUACAGACCGCCAACCAGAAACUACUCCAUAACGAGCUUCAAAAUCUGCUGAAAACUCUUUCUAUCUCCUCUGUUGACUUACGCUCCUUGAAAGAGGCCUCGCUCAGUAACCCUGACGGGCUAAAGGAUACUGAGACUGCAUUGUCAACGCUGUAUAAAGCUAUGUUGAUGAUUGAUUCUGAUAUAUGGCAGAAUAAGAGGCGAUUAGCCGAUGCGGCUGGGGAUCACGGCAGUGUGGGUGUGUAUGCUGAUACGGAAAUUGGCCAAAUGCGUGCGAUCAAGGAGAAGAAAGAGGAGUAUCGCUCACAGUCCCGGUUGUUCUUGCAGCGACUUAAGCAGUUUAUGGCUAUUGCUUACAAGGUUGCUGAACAAAAAAGGGUCGACACUGCUGCUAAUAGCACGAGAGAUCCUAUGAAACUCGACAGUCGAGCACGAGAAUACUUCCGCCGGGAGCUGUGGAUGUAUAAUGCCUUGAUGCUUUUCGCAAAGGAAGUCAGCAGUGCAGAGUGGCAUGGGCUUAUCAAUCUGUACGAACAACAGGCUAAACAACCUUACCAGAAUGAGUUUCGGGACAAUAGCCUUGCUUGGAAAAAGGCGUCGAGAAAGCCCUCUGGAGAGGAGCACGAGCUUCUGUUCACACAUCAGGAGAAAGAGAAGGAAAAUGAAGGCAUCACACUGGCUGCCAGAAAGUUGACCGUGAAACGAGGAAAGACUAUGAGGGCUGCAGCGGGUCUACGGCUCCCUUCUGGUGACAAACAGCAUGGACGUCUGGAACCUUAUGAAGCGUUUGCAGGGGCUCUUCAUGAGACCUUGAGCAUGAUAUCAGAGGAGCAGAAUUUUCUAGUUCACUUCUUCCACCUAAGCUCACUGUCGCACGUCGAUUUCCCUGACCUCGUUGCAUCUGCUCACCCUGAGGAACGCCGGUUACCCGACUUUGGCGCCAAGCAGUUGCACGAUACCGAUCGAGGAAUGGCAAAGAAGGUGGAACAGAUUAUGGACGAACUAUUUUCAUUCUGGCCGAACGAUAUGCAGAACCUUGUGGAUUUGUCCAUCCAGGUUGAUCCUCUACAAGGAAUAGGCAUCCUGUUUGCUUUGGAAAAGGCUGUUCUGGAUUUUGAAGACACCAACCAAGACUUCAUUGUUCAUUCACUCCAGAAACUCCAUUCCCGGUUGAUUGGUCUCUUUAAUCGCUUUGUGGACGAGCAGAUACGUGGAAUUGAAGACACCAAGGUUAAGGUGAACAAGCGCAGGGGGGUCAUCUCCUUCAUGCGCGUCUUUCCCCAUUUCUCCGCGGCUGUUGAAAAUAUGCUGUCACAGCCCGCACACGAGUUCUGUGAUAUUCGAAUCAGCGUUAACGAAGCUUACAACCGCAUCAACCGUGCCAUGUGGGAGUCACUUAAGUUUAUCGCCAAAGAAGCUCCUGGUCAACCUCACGGCGCAGCGGCAACUUCGGGCGACCCAGAAGACAAGGAGGCACUGAACUAUCACAUACUUCUGAUCGAGAAUAUGAACCAUUACAUUGAGGAGGUAGAUGUUCGAGGCCUACCGGUGCUAGAAAAAUGGCGCGAGCGGGCUUACCAAGAUUACCAUGAACAUAUGAAGCUUUAUCUAGACUCUGUCAUUCACCGGCCACUGGGCAAGUUACUUGAGUUCGUGGAAUCAGCGGAAAGCUUAUUGGCGACCACAAGCAACCCGGCAGAUAUCUCGAGCCGCCCUAGCCAUUCGCGCUCGGUAGCGAAGAAAGUUUUAGCCAUGUACGAUGCGAAAGAAAUGCGGCGUGGUAUUGAGGCGCUCAAGAAACGGGUGGAGAAGCACUUUGGCGAUGCCGAUGACCCUGGACUCAGCCGUAGCCUUGUGUUGAAGGUGCUGCGAGAAUGUGAGAGUCGGUAUGAGGGGGCGUAUGAUCGCACUCGACGCGUCCUCACUACGGUGUACGAAGGCCAACUAGACCUCGAAUGGCGUAUGGAGGAUGCAAUUACCAUGUUCAAGAAAUAA